AUGCGGCAACAGAACAUCUGCAGGUACAGCAGAGUAUCUGCUUACAUCUUUCCUGAACACAUCUCCAUGGAUCAACAAAUAUCUCAGCGUUGCGACUCAACCGCGUUCGACGUGUCGGAACAUCAGCUAGAAGAUGACGAUCACGUACUAACAGAACGCAUCGCCAAUCGAAAGAGCUUAGCCUAUCGAUUACGCCGCUUAUUUCUAAUAGAUAGACAUCAUCCGAGUUCCGCGCUGCAUUUCCGUUCGCACUUCCUAUAUCGACGCGAGCUGGCCCGCCAAGUGCGCAGCGAGUACUGGUACAUCAUUCAUCCAUUCAGCCAGUUCCGAUUCUACUGGGAUAUGUGGUUGAUCGUGUACUAUUACGCCAUUGCCGCGCUAUUUCCCUUCUUGUUCUCCUUCACCACACUGGUGCGAGUUCGUGGCAGAGCCUACGUGAUUUCGAUGAUUCUAAACUUCAUGGGUACCUUGGAUUUUGCGGUUCGAGCUUGUACGGGCUACCUGGAAGAUCGGUCGAAACGAGAAGUCGUCCUGCACCACGGAAAGAUUCUGCUAAAUUAUAUGAAGAGUGAUAUGAUCGUCGACAUACUAGUAUUUUUUCCUGCAACGCUUUUAGUGGGAGUGUACUACCAAAAUUCUAACCACGCCGUACCUGACACAGUGCUUAUGGACAUUAUUCACGGCACGCUCAUGUUGAAAAUAAUUUCUCUGAGACAUAUUUGGGGAUAUUUGGAAAAUGUUUUUGAGCGUUACAAAAUAGAUCUUCUGAAGUAUUACAUUCUUCGAAUCGUUCUGACGUCUAUACUGAUAGUGCACUGGUGCAUAUGCAUCUACAAAAUUGUGAUAUUCGAUUGGGAUGCCAAAGUGACUGAAGGUGGUUUGUCGUACAUGGAAGCGUUCAAUCAGUAUGUGGUGUGUCUCUAUUCAGUGUCUUGGUUCAUGUUUGCGUACAGCUUCAUUGAUCGAGACAUUCCCACGGAUGCUCGAUCAAAGGCAUUCAGUGCGGCUUGCAUCGUGAUCGGAUACAUGUUUAAGCUUUUCAUCUUCCUGCAAAUAAUCAAGCUGGUCGAGAUAAUGAGCUCCAUGGAUAGAAAGUACGCAGAGGUAACGAAUCAACUUCAAACGUAUGUUCGUACGAAACAGCUUUACACAGCCGAUAUGAAACAACGACUCUUGUUCUACUAUGCCAAACGGUAUGAGAAUUGUUUCUUCCAAGAGGACAUCAUAAUGGAAAGCUUGUCCGAUACUCUUAAGAAACGAAUCACAGAUUAUAGUGCAGCUAAUUUUUUGAAAACAGUGAAAAUAUUCGAUGGAAUUCCAAUCGAUACCCUACUUCCGUUGAUGGAAAGAAUGACCAAAGAGAUAUACCUCCAGGAUGAUCUGAUCAUCAAAGCGGGGUCUUUCGGGGACAAGAUGUACUUCAUUAUUGUCGGCAUGGUGGCGGUUUAUACGCACAGUCGCAAAGAAAUUUGUCAUUUGUCCGAUGGCGAUAACUUUGGUGAAGUGUCGAUGUUCACUCGUAAGAAGCGCAUUGUCAGUGUGGUUGCGGUAGAGUUCACACAAGUGUACGUGGUUGAACGAAUGGCGUUCAAAACUUUAUUUCCCGCCGAUCAUGUUGUACAUCAACGCCUGCAGGAAAUGGCCAAUAAACGCAUGCAGAUAACUUUAGUGUUCGAAGAGCAGCACAAGAACUAUCUGCUAAAGAUGGGAAUGAGUCAAAAUGAGAUCAAGAUGCGGAUAUGA